AGCCUCUCCGUUCACUCUUGUAAUCACAUGAGUUUGUAUAAAAAGCCCACACGUGAGCUUGGCCUCUCCGCGUUGGUUUCAUUUUGAAGGUGAAGCGUCCUUAAGUUUGUCCCGCUAGCCUCCAUACAAUUCAGCCAGAAGAUGUCGACCGUGUCUGCUGCCAGCGUGGAGCAUGCUGCUGUGACUGAGGGCACUGAGCAGAAGAAGCCACUAAAACCUUGCUGCGCCUGUCCAGAGACCAAGAAAGUCAGGGAUGUUUGCAUCAUUGAAAAGGGAGAGGAGAAAUGCACAGACCUGAUUGAGGCACAUAAAGACUGCAUGAGGGCUCUUGGAUUCAAGAUUUAACUACUCCAUUUUGUGUGUGUGGUCUCACCACCUGUGCAAAAGUUCCCCCAGGACACUAAACUGCAAGGACUGUCGCUGCAUCCUCGGUUCAGCUCUGCCCAAGAUGAUUGUGAUUCAUUUAAAUGCGAACAAGCUGAGGAUUCCCCCAUAACAGAAUACAGCCCUUUCUCCAGCGCUGGCACAGCACUAACAGAAGUGUGGAGAUGGGGCUGGCUAUGUGAGAGUGGUUUGUUUGCAACUAUAAUUUCCUUGUGCUGGGUCGUUUGUGUCCCCCAGCUGUUGUUGAUUCAGCCAUUGUUACCUACAAGCUGAACUAGCAGACUAGAACAGUGCACUGGCAUGCACUUCAAGUAAAAUCAGACUAAUUCAAAACUGGAUUAUAACUAGUGCCUGAGCUGGAUUACAUGUCAGUCUUUAAAAUGCACGUGACCUUUGAAACACUAUCUGACCUUCAGUUAAUUGGCUAGUGGAAGUGUGAUCAUGCCAGAGGCCGGCUUAAAAGGAAUGUGUUCAGUUUGCCCCUUGACACGUGUGAAGUUGUUAAAAAUGUUAAAUUUCUGCGUUUUAAACUUAAUUUUAUUUAGUCCUCAUUUUAUUGGUUAACUACAUAAUUGAAAACUGGAUGUUGAACCCUCAGUUUGCAUGCAUGUCCUGGUGACACAUGGCUCAGUUGACAUGCCACUGCCCAAUAUGUUGUGACAACCUAAGGCCAGUUUGCAUUGAGUCACUCUGGUGUGUAAAACUGCCCUUUCUGUGAACCAUGUAAAUGCCUAACCUCAGAUAAUGGCACUUCUGAAUGUAUCUGCACUCACCAGAUUGUUCAUAGCUUCACUCUGCCUCUUGUAUAGCUGGUUUCAUAAAUUGUGCACAAACUGCAGUAUCAGACUGGAACAUCAUGUAAUGAGGGCCAGAGAUGGAAGGAGUGGGGGGUGGGGCGAGUGUCUACUGUCUGUACAUGACUACACAUAAAACAUGCCUAAAGCCAUGUGGUGCAGUUGAAAUGGCCUCGCUAUCUGGCACUGUAAAUAUUAACCUGUUCUUGUAAAGGAAAAACUUCCUACAAAGACAGAACCUUACAAAACAAACAUGCAUUAUAUAGUAAGCUGUCUUCGAUGUGGUAGAGGUUUCUUUACUUGACAUGAAACAAAGCCUCAGC